CACAAAGUGGAAAACAACACUCGGUCCGGUUCGACAGUUCUGCCCAAGUUCUGGAGGAGAACAGGGCGAGCGCACGCCACUCCACUGGACUUUAAAAGCGAACAAGACUUUAGAUAUUCCCAGUGGAUUCGGACGUCCAUUUCGAUCCGACUCGCCCUUUAUACCUUUCUAUCUAUUUCCAUUUUAAAUGCGUCUGGAACAUUAACAGCUGACUGACUGGUCGGUUGCGCAACCGACGAAGAAGAAGAAAACGCCGCCGACCAGUCAGACCCAGUGAUACCGGCGAAGAGACCCAGUUUAAGCCCCACUUCAGCUAAAACCAACGGACUUACACUUGUUUUCAUCGGAACCUCUGGGCCCACUUUUCGACGACUAAGGCAACAAGAUGAGAGUGGGAGUGGCCGCGGCCAAAUCGCAAAGAUGUCUGAAGAGGCUGCUGGACGAAAAGCAGGAGGCCUUACCCAGGCACAAAAGGAUCUGUUUAGCUCCGCCUCGGUCCACAAACAGCCUGGCACCCUGCCUUCCAAGAAGCACCUCCCCGAAGUCUGACGGGAACCAGUCCCUGGGGAAAGUCGGACCUUACGUUCUGUUGGAGCGUUGUGAAGGGGAGGACACUUACCGGGCUGUGCACGCGCUGACUCAGCAACCCUUUACCUGUCAGGUGCUCCCUCUGCUCGGUUACCAGGAGAAGUUGGCCGCCUAUGCGCGCGUGGGCCGGCAUGACAACAUCUGCGAGCUGCUCGACACAGUGACUGGCCAAGACUCAGUUUACAUCUUCCUGCCGGAUCACUACGGCGACAUGCACGCAUACGUGCGCAGCCGGAAGCGUUUGGGCGAAGAGGAGACGGCGUCGCUGUUUACUCAGAUGCUGAAUGCCGUUGAGCACUGUCAUCAUCACGGCGUUGUGCUGAGGCACCUGAAACUUCGCAGGUUCGUCUUCAUGGACAGAUACAGGACUCGGAUUGCGCUGUUUGGCCUCAACGACUGCGUCACGCUGUCGGGAGACUACAAGAACGACUCCCUCACGGACCGGCACGGCUGCCCCGCCUACGUCGGGCCCGAGCUGCUCACCAAAGGAAACACAACUUACUCUGGACGAGCCGCCGACAUAUGGAGCCUGGGCGUGUCUCUGUACACCAUGCUCAUCGGACGCUACCCGUUUCAAGACACGCAGCCAGCCGCUCUGUUCGCCAAAAUCCGCAGCGGGACGUUCAGCUUGCCCGCGUGGAUUUCUGCGCAGGCCAAGUGUCUGAUCAGCUGCAUGCUCAGGAAGACUCCGGCUGAAAGACUGGAGGUGUCGGAGCUGCUGAUUCACCCGUGGCUGACCAAUCGCACCACUACACUAGCUAACAAAGAAGAAGAGGACGAUCAGGUGGUGCCCUAGUGGACUGAAAAACACUAGACACUUCUGCUGCGACUUGCCACCUUCACGCACUAACCUCACAGUUCGGCAAAUGCUUUGCAGCCAACAUAGGUUUAGCAUCGUAACGCUUAAACUGAUGGUUCAAAUGAGGGAUUCGGGCCCCUUAUCCAUACACGAUAUUUGAAGUUUAGUUUGAGAUCAAUCAGGCGUAUAAUAAAGUCCUCAUAGGACCAGAACAGUUCUCAGUUAGCCUCCUUGUUGUGUAGUACCCUGCCAAUCCACAAGCCUGACCUGCUUGUUUGCAAUUUUGGACAUUAAGUCGUGGUAUUGUUCGCUUCAGAAGCCCACAGACCCCAGAGAGUGAUCCUGGAUUACUUGAACCUCAAAGUGCCUUCGAUUUAGAUGCUGAUAAUUUUUUAUUUUUUUUUUUACAAGACGAGUGCAACUCGGGGUAGAUCGCAGGACAAUGCCUGAUCAACGAUCCACUGACCUUUCACAGAUUCAAGGAUCCGUCAAGAUGAAGCCAGCUCUGGUUCUUCUUUGACUUUGGUAUUCUAGUCUCCGCUGAAAAUGUAGCAGAGUUGUUUGACACGUCUGUUCUGUUGUGAUCUUCUCUGAUGUCUGACCAAUAAAUCGUUCAUGUUC